AUGGCGGCAAAAACCCAGUGGUGGCUCGCUAUUCAAUCAGAAGUUAGCUUCAGCUUCUCACAGCCUCCUACAAGAGAGGUACUGCUAGAGCUUGCUGCGACCAGGAACUUGAUCCCUUUGCCAAAAUCCGGUGUUCCACUCCCGCCUGAACAGGACAAAGCUCGGUAUACUAAAGAAGUCAGCUUCAGCAGAAACCUGAAGAAACAAGAGGACGAUGAAGAAGUGACAGAUCCUACUGCACAAUCAUCUCAGCAACAACAACAAACAUCAGAGCUUCCAAGCCAAACUCCUCAAAGGGUCUCUUUCCCUCUCUCUAGACUACCCAAAUAAGUAGACAAUGUUAUGUAUCAAGCAAGAUGCAGA